GCGCCUACACACACACGAGAAGUUUCACUCUUGUUUGGUGUUUUUAUCAUGUUUGUGUGUCUCUGUGGGAACCAAGAGUAGCAACAGGAAAGGCACAUUCAAAUCGAAGUUGGUAAAUGUUGAAAUAUUACAAGUGCUGAUGGGACCACGACUGAACCGUUUGUCCUGCAGGGAAAACUGCACAGACCAAGCCGACCAGCUCAUGAAGGUUCUGGAGCUGGUCAUCUACAUCCCCGUCUUUGUCGUGGGCCUUCUUCUAAACGUGGCGGCCCUGCUGGUGUUCUGCGUGUAUCUGAAGAAAUGGACCGAAUCCACCAUCUACAUGACCAGUUUGGCUCUGAUGGACCUGCUCCUCCUGCUGCCCUUACCCUCCAAGAUGCAUGCUGUGAAUCACGAGUGGGACGGCACGCUCUGGCCUCUCUGCUCCUUUCUGGAAAACCUCUACUUUGUCGGCACGUACGGCAGCAUCUACAUGAUCACGUGCAUCGCCGUAGAUAGGUGGCUGGCCAUCUGUCACCCCUUCAAAGCCAAGCAGCUGCGCUCCCCCAGGGCGGCUGUGAUCAGCUGCCUGGGGAUCUGGGUGCUGGUGAUUUCGGCCACCUUUCCGGUCACCUUCAGGUUCCGAGAAAGCAACCAGUCGAAGAUCCACUGCUUCCACAGGUUUUCGGAGAAGGGCUGGAGUCCCGCAGUGAUCAGCUGCGUGAUGUUCUUCGGCUUCCUGGGGCCCGUSGUGGUGGUGGUCCUGUGUUCGGCUCACACCAUCUCGGCGCUCCAGCAGUCGGGGCAGCGGAGCUCUCAGAGCCGGGCCUGYGUGAAGAUCAUCUGCAGCAGCCUGUGCGCCUUCCUGCUGCCGUUCACCCCGAGCCACCUGGGGAUCUUUCUGCAGUUCCUGGUGCACCAAAAUGUGUUCCAGGACUGCGAGGCCAAGUCCAGGAUCAGCCUGUUCCUGCAGCUGACCAUGUGUUUGUCCAACAUCUCUUGCUGCCUGGACGCUCUGUGCUAUUACUUCAUCGCCCACGAGGUGAGGAACACCAAAACCCUCAUCAGGAGGACACUGAGCAGCCAGAGAAGAGCCACCUGCAGCUCCUCGGAGCUCUGAACUCUUWAGGCCCACCGCCCCGGUGGAAGUCGAACUCAUUCUGAAACCAUUAGUUUUUUAUUUUUAAAGUGGCGCUGAGCCAGCAGAUUUUGUGCACUGAGAGCAGUAAAUAAAGCAGGUCAGUUUCUGCUCUUAUUCAACCACAGAGCUGAAGGUAGGUCUGUGAUUGGCUCCAGCAGCAGGAAGCCAGCAGGGCCUUGUCUUAACCCCCAAAMAGCUCUGAUCACCAAAGUCUAGAGGAAUAUUCCACUACAGAGAGACAAAUGUGAAGUGUCUGAAGUGAUCAAAACGCUCCUGGUGAGAAACUCAGGUUGUGAUUCAUCUGAAAUCUGAGAACAGGCGGCUGGAAGCAGAGCUGUGUUGUUUUUUUAAUUCUCAGAAACUGACAUCAAACAGAGGGGAAAGCUCUGAGAGUCUCGUUAGAAAGGAAAAAAAAGAUAAAGCAACAGAGAAAUAUCUCAAAAGAAAUUAGUUUUUUUGAAUGAGAGAUGAUUAACAAGAAUACAUAGAGGCAUAUUUAUAAGAAAACUUUACAUUAUUUUUCUAACUAAUACGUCAAAUUCU